CGCACCACCGACCUAUUGUUGUACAUAUCUGAAUGAACGUCGGUCCAUCUACCUAUUUUACCUUUCUUGGGUUAACUUAUCGAAUUGUCAUAUCUCAUAUUCGUUCAAAAUCGGGAUGGAAGUAAAGGUCUACUUGUUAGUAUUUGGGACCCUUCUCAUUUUGCCUCUGAUCCAUGGAAAGCCAUGGAACAGGGGUGAACAUUUUGCAGGGUUGAACGAAGAGCAAGAAGCAGUUUUCGACACUUUUAAGCACAAUUUGAUCCGUUACUACGGUGUAUCGGAGUCCUUCGCGGAGCAGUUUAAGAUGAACUUGCACCGUGCAGUGGACGUAGAGUUACUCAAUAAAAAGGUGAAGGCAGGGUCAGGAGCGUUCUUCCAACCGAGACAAGCCCCCCUGGACGAGGACGAAGAGGAUGAUGAGGAAACUACGCCGUCGACCACUCAGGGCCCAUCCCCUUUCAAUAUUGUAAACGGCAUUUACGGAAUUUUGACGGGUGUGGGGACACUCAACCCGGACAAAGUUUUCCAGUCUACCGUCAACUUUUUCCCACCCUCGCAAACGCAAAUGGCACAGGCCCUGGUGGACUCUGCGCUAGGCAAGAACCCUGGCACUUGGCCUACCACUCCCUCGACCACACCCACAACCACAAAACUGACCACAAAGGAUCCCGAUGACGAUGACGAUGAGGAUGAAGACGCCACAAAAGCGGUCACAACAGCUGUCCUUGCUGCGGUCGCCGUCACCGGACCACAAUCGGCCACAGCAGCAGCAGCAGUCGUUCCUUCGAUGACAGCCACCUUAGCUCCGACCAUUGAGAAGUACAUGAUUGGACAAAAGGUGGUGGCGACCCAGGCUCCCAGCAUAGUUGUUACAGCAAGUGCAGCAGGAUAAAUGAUCAUAUGUUAACUAUUAAUAUCUAUCAACCUAAAAUAAAUUAUCAUUUUAAAUAUUAAAUGAAA